AUGGUUAGAAGCACUUGUUCUAAAGAGGGAAUGAACAGAGGUGCCUGGACCGCCUCUGAAGACAAAAUUCUCACUGAUUAUAUCAAGGUUCAUGGUGAAGGAAAAUGGAGGAACAUUCCCAAGGAAGCAGGCCUUAAGAGAUGUGGGAAAAGCUGUAGGCUUCGGUGGAUGAACUAUUUGAGACCUGAUAUCAAAAGAGGGAACAUUUCUUCCGAUGAAGAAGAUCUCAUCAUCAGACUUCACAAACUCUUAGGCAACAGAUGGUCUCUAAUAGCAGGGAGACUUCCAGGGCGAACAGACAAUGAAAUCAAGAACUAUUGGAACACCCAUUUAUCAAAGAGGGGACAAGGGAAGGAGCGAAGACCAAAAUCAAACCAUUCUACAGUUGAAAAGAUACCAAUCACCGGUAGAGUGGAUGAGGAAGACCCAAUCAGCUCACGUGUUAUUCGCACCAAGGUAUCUCGUUGCAAUGAGGUCUUACUCACCCUUAAUGAUCAGCAACACAGAAUUGAAAAUCUUGGCAGAAAUGUGGUUAUUUCACCAUCCAUGGAUGCAAAUUUAGUGCAAAAUAUUGCAGCAGAACCGGAAUCCAGCGAUGGGUCAUUACAUACAUUAACUACCUGCAAUGAAGAAAAUUGUCUGAAUUUUAUGCUGGACUUCAAUGCUGAGGAAAUAAGUGUUUCAGAAAUCUUUGCUUCUGAUUUUACAAAGCUUAGUCAUGAUCUUGGUACUGCCCAAAUGAGUAACGUGAUGCGAGGAGUUGAUGCUGACAAUCAUACGAGAAAAACCGCUCAAUCACAUGCAUUUAUGUUAGCGGAGGAAAUGGAGCAGAACUGGAGUGGAUGUGACUAUAAUAUUCAAGCUAAAUUGGAUUCAGAUUUUGGAUCUUUGAUUGCUUUCCUUGAAUCGGCUGAAGAAUGGAUAAUCUAAUUCCUUUUAGUUGAUUUUAAACUGAUGAGUGUAGAUCUUACAUCUGCUAGGCAGUGGCAAUGGCAUCAUGCCUUAAUUUGUCCGAGUUUUAGUAUUUUUAGCAACAAUUAAGUAUCAAAUAUAUUAAAGCAGUGUAACCAAUUAAUGAUGAAAUAAUUGAUUAAAUAAAGUAGU